AUGGCGCAGCAACCAAGAGAGAAGCAAGGAAAGCCGAAUAAUUCAGAACCACCAGCAGAUGUUCGUUUAAGCAUUGGAUCAGCUCCUUCUCAAUCCAGACCUGUUCCAGGUAUACUAGAAAAGGUAGUGGAUGGACACUAUUACCGACCAUUGUUGCAAGCUGCAUUCAAGGGUGACUGGGAAUCUGCUAAAAGAUUUUUCGAACAAGAUUCUGCUUCAAAGACGGCCAAAAUAACAAGGAGAUCUGAAACAGUGCUCCACGUAGCCGCUUUGAGUGCACAGGACCAAUUUUUUGAGAACCUGGUUGAGCUCUUGUCUCCAUAUCCAAAAGCUCUUGAAAGGGUUGAUUGUGAUGGCCGCACAGCCCUUCACAAUGCUGUCCUGUGUGGAAGGAUAAGGAUGGUCAAGGCAUUAGUUAGAUGUAAUCCUAGGUUGACGCAACUUGCAGAUAAUGAAGGACGUGUUCCUUGGGGAAUAUCUGCUGUGGAAGCUUCUAUGCAUAAGGAGAUUGCCUGGUUCCUGGCGAAGAACACAACAGACGAUGGGCCAAGUCAUCCCUUCAGCAGUCCCUCUGCGAUUACAACCAUUAUAGAACUCACCUAUGCUGGUCAUCAUGAUAUCACCCUCUAUCUUGUCAGGCUGUAUCCUCACUUAAUUACCAUGAAAAGCACAGAGUAUGAUAACGCUUCUAUCCUGUACGUGUUGGCAAUAAUGGAGUCUCACUUCCGCAGCGGGACUAGACUAAGUGUUUUGGAAGCAUUGAUAUACAAAUGUAUUCCAGUGGACUUGAACUAUAAGCCAGCAGAUGAAAAUUCGGAUCCUGCGCUUCAAUGUUUCACAAGGUCACUUUGGAAUGCCACCAAAAUUGUAGCUCCUGCAAUCAAGAGAGUUCAAGAGGCAAAGUUGAGACACGUGGCUGCAGUUGAGUUGGUAAAACAAGUAUGCAUUGCGAUCUCUUAUAUGAAUACUACCGAGAUCACCGAUUUUUUCGAAGAGAAGAACCUGCUGUGUCAAGCCGCGACCAAGGGAAUUAGUGAACUCGUGAAGCUCUGUAUUCAGUUUUUUCCGGAGCUUAUUUGGAUAUCGCCUUAUGGUAGGAGGUUGAUGACAUAUGCUGUGCAGUUUCGCCAAGAAAGGAUUCUCAGGCUCUUUUUAAACGUAAGCUCAACCAAUGCGUUGUCAUUAGUUCCAGGGCCAACACGGAAAGAAUCAGAGUUGAUGAUGAUCACGGCAAUAAAGUACGCAGUACCAAAGCACAACCCUAGUUUCGAGGCGGUAACUAAUGUGGCCGGAGCAGCUUUUCAAAUGCAAAGAGAACUCCAAUGGUUUAAGGCUGUGGAAAGCUGGGUUGUCCCUAACAUGAGACUCGGCUACUACGGUGAGGGUGGGCAAACAGGUUGGUAUAAAUUCGUGCAGAACCAUAAAGAGUUGCUUGAGAAAGGAGAGAAGUGGGUGAAGGACACAACAAAUUCAUGUAUGCUUGUCUCAACUCCGAUUGCCACAGUAUUGUUCUCUGCUGCUUUCACUGCACCUGGAGGCAAUGAUGACAAAGCUGGAGUGCCAUUGUUGCUAGGGGAGGACUUUUUCCUAGUAUUCGCAAUAUCGGAUGCAUUAGGUUUGCUCUCCUCCAUGACAGCCAUCUUGCUAUUCCUAGCCAUCUUAACUUCGCGAUAUGAGGCACAAGAUUUUCUUGAAUCAUUGCCUAAGAAGAUCAUAAUGGGCCUUUGUUUUCUCUUCCUCUCCUUGGCUUUCAUGUUGGUGGCCUUCGCUGCAACUCUCUCAAUUGUGCUGGAUAAGAGGUUGAAGUGGGUUCUCAUUCCCAUUACUUUGCUGGCCUCUUUCCCCGUGACUUUAUUCAUAGUACUGCAGCUUCCCUUACUAUACCAAAUGGUUAAAUCCACUUAUGGAUCUAGCAUGUUCCGUCCCGAGAGCAUUUGGGAGUGA